CGGCAGCUAUAGCAAAAAAAAGCAGGCAGGCGGUGGCUCGGAGGCAGGAGCGGUAGCAGACGAAGCUGCAGCUAUGGCGGCCUGUGCGCUGUCCGGUUGCCACGUGGGCAACGCUGCUGUCAGCAGCAGUAGCAGCAGCUAUGGCGUUCGAACACGCUCAUCUUCCUGCCAAGAGAAUAGUGUUGUCGUCACCGCCAAUGUAGCUGGCAUUGCCGUGCCAGGAGCAUCAUCGCACGCGCCGCUGCGCGCCGAUGAUGGUGCUGGGAGAAGGAGGUGGUCCGUCGGGUUCGGUUUGAGUUAUGGCGCCAGCUUAGCUGGCACCAGAUUGCGUGAGGAUAAUAUUGCCAGCUGUCGGUAUCUGAAUGCGAGAUGGAAAUCCAUCGGACGGCUGACGUGUCAAGCUCAGGCGGGAGAGGGUUCGAGCGAGAGGACAUUCGUCAUGGUCAAGCCGGAUGGUGUACAACGAGGCUUGGUUGGCGAUAUCGUUGGGAGAUUCGAGAGGAAGGGUUUUACUCUGAAAGCGCUCAAGUUAUUCCAGUGCCCUAAAUCUCUUGCGGAGAUUUGGGAAGGUAAGGGAGUGGUUGCGUCCGCGAGGAAACUAAUUGGUGUGACAAACCCGUUGGAGGCCGAUCCGGGGACAAUUCGCGGCGACUUUGCAGUGGAGGUGGGGAGGUGAGUGACUAAAUGAAUGAAUGGAUGGAUG